AUGCGCGCGUCGCUCGCCGCCGCGGCGGUCCUUCUCGCCGUCCUGGCGUCGAGCGCCGUCGGCGUCGGCGCGGACCACCCGCGGACGGUGUCGCGAACGCCGCGGUUCAAGACGUUCGCGCGUCCGUCGAGAGCGAAGGCGUGGGUCCCCGAGGCGCAUGUGUUCGCGAAUAAGACCCGGGAUACGGACGUCCUCGACGGCGUCCUCGCCGUGGACGGGACGUACGCGCUCGUGGUGUCAAACGACCAGCUCCCGUCGCUCGCGCCCAUCUCGAGCACGUUCACGAUCGCGAUGUCGCUGUUCCUUCACGACGACCUGAACGUCGCGUCGAUCGACGCGCACCGCGGGAUCUUUUGGAAGGGGGGCGCGAGCGGCGAUCGGACCCCGAGCGCGUGGCUGAUCCCGCACAGCAACAGGGUGACGUACCGCGUGAGCACGUCGAGCGCGGAGGAGGUGUGGGGGACCUCCGCGGCCGCGUUGCCGACGCGGCGCUGGGUCCACCUCGCGUUCUCCGUCGGCGCAGACAGGAUCAUGAGACUCUACGUCGACGGGAAACUCGACAGCGCGGUGGAGAUCGUGGGCGAAGUCGUCGCGAACGACGGCCCUCUGUACCUCGGCAAAGACGCGCACUUGACGGGAAUCAACGCGUUCAUAGCCUCCGUGCAGAUGCACGCGCACGCGCUGGAGGACGAGGACAUUGCGCAAGCCGCCGCGCACGCGCUCCGCGCCGCGCCGGAUUUUGAUGGCGAGGCGUCGGCGGAGGCGCGCGCGGGCGCGGAUGCGAACCGCGAGGCGCGCGAGCGGCACCACAGGGACGGCGACGCGUUCGCGUCGCUGCUGUCGUCGUUGCCGAUGCCCAUGCACGCGCGACAGGCGGCGGCGAUGACAUCGAGCGCCAGGGCGGAGAUGGAGGUGCGGACGAGCCAAGCGCGCGCGGACGCCAUCGCCAACGCGGAGGAGAAGGAAAAGAUGGCGAGAAGGCUGUUCAUCGACGCGGAGUACUCGCGCGGAGGCAUCGCGCUCAACGACGCGAUGAAGAGCGAGAAUCGGAACGCGGGCGGGACGUACCGGUAUCGACGCGGGCCGAGGGAGUCGGGUCUGGCGAAGGCGCGCGAGCAUUAUCUGCGCGCGGCGGCGAUGGGGCACGACAAGGCGCGGUACGCGCUCGCGACGAUGCACCAGCUCGGGUACGGCGGUCCAAUCUCUCACGGGAAGGCGCUGUAUCACAAGCUGAGGGCCGCGGCGCGAGGGGACCCGGGUUCGAACCUCGCGGUCGGGUCCGCGGCCUUCGCGGCGGCGUCCGCGGCGGCGUCCGCGGGCGGCGGCGGCGGCGAAGCGGCGUGUCGAGUCGCGGAGUACUACCUCCUUCACGCGGCGAACGUCGCGUACGAUAACAGCGGGAAACCGGGCGGGCAAAAUCGGGUCGAGCGUCUGCGUUUAUACGAGGGCGUGGAGAAAGAGCGGCAGGAUCACAAAGGCCCGAACGAUCAGAAGGUGCAGUACCUGGUCCAGACAGCGUCGCACGGGGACGCGCUCGCGUCGUUGGCGAUGGGGAACGCGUAUUAUUGGGGGAAUUUCGGUCUGCGGCGGAACUUUCAAGCCGCGCUGUUUUAUUACGAGUCCGCGCACGCGCAAGGCGCGCUGCACGGCACCGUCGGCGUCGCGAAGAUGAACCUAAAAGGCGAGGGGUUAGCCGGCGGCGUGAAGAACGUCUCGCGCGCUAUGGAGAUGUACGAGCAAGCCGCGAAGAGGGACUCCCCCGACGCGUUGAACGGUUUAGGGUACAUUUACUUUUACGGCGACGCGGACAUCGAGAAGAACACGACGACGGCGCUGUCGUACUUCCGCAAAGCCGCGGCGCUCGGGAACGCGGACGGACACAUGAACAGCGGUCUGAUGCUCCGCGCCGGGAUCGGCGAGCGCGCGAACUUGACCGAGGCGCACGAGCAUUUCAGCGUGUGCGCCAAGGCGAGGCACACGUCGUGCAUCUAUCAGAUCGGUCUCAUGCACAGCGAAGGGUCCAUCCCCGGCGCCGAGCGCGACUGCUUCGCCGCGGCGCAGCGAUUCCGACGCGUCGCGCAGAGCGGCGAGUGGAUGGAGCCCCUGAGCGACGGUCUGAAGGCGCACCUCGCCGGGAACGCGUCGUUAGCGCGGUGGACGUACGACUACGUCGCCGGAUUCGGGAUGCCCGUGGCGAGGUACAACGCCGCGUGGUUGCACACGAUUCACGCGCGAGAGAUUCGCGUCGCGCUCGAAUCGCCCGCCCGCGACUCCGGGCGCCUCUCCGACGAGAGCGACCUCGAGGCGAUCGCCAGCGGCCGAAGAAGCGCGGGUCUCCUAUCGUACUACGCGAGCGAGAUGACGAAGGAUCCCGCGACGACGCUGACCGAUCGCGCGUACGCGGCGAUGCUCCAAGCCGACUGUCUCUACCACGGCGAAGAAUCGCGCCCCGGCGCGCGUUGCGCGAGACGUCUCCCCGACGCGUUGGCGGCGUACGAGCGCGCCGGGCGGAUCGCGCGGGUCGCCGCGCGGACCAGCCCCAACCGCAACGGCGACGACGGCGAGAGCGGCGAGCUCCGCGACGGCGACGCGCGCCUGCUGCUCGCGCGCGCGUUGUACAGCGAGGCGUGGAUGCGCGCGCGCGGGGAGGGGUGCGCCGUCGACCGAACGCGCGCGAAAGCCGCGUUGUGGUCGGCGCUCGCGGAGGGCCGCUGGCAGUCGUCGCUCGCCGUGGCGCCGUCGUUCGCGUGGUUCGUCGCGGAGGACGCGUUUCGAUACCUCGUACCUUCCCGCGGUCGCGGUCGCGACGGCGCCGCGGCCGCGGACCCCGACGCGAUCGCGCGCGCGUCCGCGUCGGUCACGUCGGGUUCCGGUCUCGCGUCGCGGCUGGCGCGGCGGGCGGCGGCGCCGUGGCGUCUGACGGCGCGCGUCGUCGCGGCGGUUAUGGCGACGAGCUCCGGUCUCUUCGACCGGUUCGAACCGGUUCUCGCGAGCUGGUGGGCGACGCCGCCGGUCUGGCUGAUCGUCGGCGCGUACGCGCUCGGUUGGUACGUCGUCUACAGGUGCGUCAUGGCAGGGUACGGCGGCGAAUAUAACCCUCUGGUGCUGCACCGCCGACGCUUGGCGUUGGCGCGCGAGGAUCGGUGGCGCGCGCGGUUGUUCGGCGGGACGCGCGCGAGGACGGUGGAGGAGAGGCAGCAGCGCAACGAUCUGAUUCGAAACCUGCACGCGCUGCACGAUCUGCAGGAGGAAGCCGCGCGGACGAGCACCCCCGGGGAGAUGGAGCGCAUCCGGGACGAGCGCCUGCCGGACAUCGCGAGGAUAAUCCGCGGGGAGGAGGACGAGGACGACGGCGGGUUCGGUCGGACGUUUGGGACGCUCAUGAUGGAGAUACUCGGCAUCGACGCGGCGCGUCUGGAGCCGGCGAAUCGACCGGCGACGGACGCGGAGGUGGAAGUCUCGGUGACCGAAGUCGUGGAGACGCUCGUCGGGGAGCUCGUCGCGGAGAUGGAGGGUUGGGGCGACGGCGCGAGCGCGGAGUGA